AUUAUGUUCUCGCCGUUACAGGAUUGCGCGCGAGGGGAACGGCACCUCUCUUUCCCUAAUGCUGCUGCUCCUUCUACUGGUUAUGCUUCCGACUCUGAAAGGUCAGUCGAGCCAAGGCGGAAUGGAGACCGUGCUGGUGCUUCAGGCGUCAGGGGCUCCUUCACCAGAAAGUUACGCUCGCCUCAACAUAUCCUUUCCCCGCCUGGAGUCUUUCACCAUCUGCUACAGGAUCAAACUCAACAGGUUUCGAGAAGAGUCAACACUUUUGUCUUACGCGCUGUCCGACGACCGCGAUAAUGAACUAAGGAUAGACCAUCGUGAGACAGGGUACAAGAUCACUCUGCAAGGACACUGGGCCAACUCGAACCUAAUAACGCCGCUUCGUCUUUGGGCACAUUUCUGCUUCUCCUACCACCUGUCCUCCUCCGCCUGGGCCAUCUACCUGGACGGGAAGCAGCGCGGCAGAGGAACCUUCGCUGAUCCUACACAACCUCUAGAAGGGAAUGGAGUGUUUAUAAUUGGUCAGGAGCAGGACUCUCUGGGAGGAGGCUUUCAGAGGGACCAAAGCUUCUCUGGCGAACUGACGCACCUCAAUGUGUGGGGCUCUGUGCUGAACGAGGCAGCCGUGAACCAGAUUUGGUCGUGCAAGGAUGUAACGCAUGGAGACGCGCUGGCCUGGACGUCUGUGCAAGAAUCGUGGCUAACUGAGGGUGAGGCGUCAUGGAGCAUGCAGUCAAGAGAGGAAGUGUGCAGUACGAAAACUCGGGUCAUCACUGUCUUUCCUGAUCGUUUCUCACUGCGGCAGGCUCAUCACCUCUGCCACGUUGUUGGCGGGAAUAUCCUGGUGCCUAUUGAUGGGAAGGAAAAUUCCAUGCUUUUUGAAACUACAAAAGAUAAAGCUGACAAGUGUUCCGGUGGCCUCGGGGCGUCCUAUCUCUGGUUGGGUGCCACGGACAAGCACGAGGAAGGGGAGUGGGUCUUCAUGUCCACCUUGCAGCCUCUGUCCUGGCAAGGUCCCUGGAGGGGCGAUGGUCCUAACGGCGGCACUCAGGAGAACUGUAUGGUGAUGCUUUACGGCGCCUUCCCAGGUCGCUGGUCUGACAUUGCUUGCCUAGAUUCCUAUUCCUUCUGUGUGCCCUGCGUGUCACCGCAUCCUGUUACCAUCUACCUUAAAGGCGCCGUCGUGUGCCCCUACUCCCCUUUCAACCUUCACUACUACCUGGGGCCGUACAGAGAUGGCAAGCCAACUCUACAGGGAUUCUACCACUCUGAUAUCUAUUAUCAGAAUGGCACGUGGUAUCUACAGUCACUGAAGUCCGAGGCAAUCGCGUGGUGGCAGCCGGCGAAGGACGGACAAUACCCGUUUGGCACUCAUGUAUGGACGUUGGGAACCGAGGUGUGUGACAUAUCCCCGAGCGAGAGUGUCAAUCUUACAAUCUCAGUUUGUGGCCACGGCGACUUCACCUGUUCUGACGGAUCCUGCAUUGACCUGAGGAAGCGCUGUGACCUGCGAAUCGACUGCCUUGACCAGAGUGACGAGGCGGAGUGCUCCCUGGUGGCUGUCCCUCCUGGUUAUCGCUCUAUAAUCCCUCCGUCGCACAUUGUCCAUUCAGAGCCGCUGCCUAUUGAGUUUCUGUUAAAGAUCAUAUCCUUUCCCACCAUCGCCACGCAGGAGCAGAUCUUCAAGGCAACGCUCCAUCUCAGUCUGCGGUGGCGGGACAACAGACUCGAUUACCACAACCUGAAGGAAGACCGUACCCUGAAUUUGCUUUCCCACGAUGCCGUUGCGAGGAUCUGGAAGCCGAGAGUGUUCUUCACCAACGCCCAAGGAAACAUGUUCACGAAUCUUGAUCAAGGGUCGCGUGUGGAGUGUGUGCGGGGAGGAGACUCAUACCCUGGGCCCGCCACGCUGCAUGAAGAAGUGAACGUUUUCCGAGGCAAUGAGACCAGUCUGGAGAUGAGUCAACUGUACAGUGCCACCUACUCCUGCGACUUCUAUCUCGCCAUGUUUCCCUUCGACACACAGAUCUGCAAUCUCAACUUUACGCUGGUGUCUGCUGCCGCCUCCUAUAUGGUCCUCAAACCCACGCUGGCAGAGUAUGUUGGCCCAAAGUUCCUCAUCGAGUACGAAAUUGGAGAAGCAACGGUAGAGGUGAGCGAGGGACACGAAUUCUCCAACUUAGAUGUGUCAGUGAAGUUCUCCCGCCGCUACACUUUCUACUUGUUGACGCUCUACAUCCCCACGAUCCUCCUUAUUCUCAUCGCCUACGCUACUUUCUUCUUCAACCCGAACGAUUUCAACUCCCGCGUGGUGGUGGCUGUUACUUCCCUGCUCGUCCUCACCUCCUUACUCACUCAGACUUCGAACUCGCUGCCCAAGACCUCUUACUUCAAGCUCAUCGAUGUGUGGCUCUUCUUCUCCAUCGUUAUCAUCUUCCUGGUCAUUCUCCUUCAAACUCUGGUCGACUUUUCCCGCGAGAAACCCUUCAGUACCAGCACUCCCUCCACCUGGUUCCGAUCGCUUAUGAAAAGGUUGUGCCUGAGGACAGAGAAGAGAGGACCACAAGCCCUCACUUAUGUGCGCUCCUUCUCCAUUGCCAACAAACGACAGGAAGGCAAGAAUGACACGACGAGAGAGUAUAUGUCCGAUGACAGGAGAGCCAGGAUGCGAACGUUUAAAGAGGAGUGGGAGAAAGAUCGCAAAGAUAAAUUGAUGCAUAUGAUGGACGACAAGGACAGGGGAGGACACUUCUACAGCGGCGGUAGGAAGAAUACGGAGGAGGAGGUUAAUAUGUCCUUAAUGGUGAAGAGCAGAGUACUGAUUCCCAUCCUUUACCUCAUCUUCAACGCCGUGUACUGGACUGUUUCUCUCAGAGAAAUUUUUAGCAGAUGAAAGGACGGCUGACGACGAAGAGACUGAAGCAUAUGGCAGUGAGUGAUUCAGGAGAACAAUUUGGCACGCCUCCUGGGUUGUGCUGCUUCUCACUCUUAGUACACGUUGCCCUGGAUG